GCGUAGUGUGCCAGUUGUGUUUCCAGAGGGUCGGUUUUCGCGUGUUCUUGCGUUUAUUAUUCUCUCUGUCUCUUUUGUACAGAAACAGUUCAUUAUUGCGUAGCGGUUUUGGUUGUGAGAGAAGAAAAUUUCCAACGUGGUGAGAAUAGGAGCGGCGACUCGAAGAGGAAUCCAACAUGAUCGGCAGCGACUACGUGCUGGAGGCACACAAUAUUUACCACACUACCGAGGUUGACACCGGCGGUUGCUUCAACGGUGGCGGCCAAUCGGCACUCGUCCUCAAGGGGGUCCACUUGACCGUGCACAGCGGUGAAGUAAUGGCAAUCCUCGGCUCGAAGGGCAGCGGUAAGCGGGCCUUGUUGGACGUGAUUGCACGCCGCUCGGAAGGAUCCUCCCGUGGUCAGGUACUGUUGAACGGAUCCCCACUGACUAAAUCGCUGUUCCAGCAGCGUUGUGGUUACGUAACACAAGCUUGUGCGUUCGUUCCCGGCCUGACCGUGUCGCAAACGCUCAACUAUACACCGACUAUUCUGGGUGGAUACCUGAAAAGUUCAAAGGUACGUCAGGUGCUAGCCGAUUUGGCACUGUCACAGGUGUCGCACAAAAAGGUGGAAAAUUUGAACAUUAGCGAGAAACGCCGGCUGGCUAUUGGUGUGCAGUUGGUACGUGAUCCCGUCAUGCUGCUACUGGAUGAACCCACACAGGGAUUGGACCCGUUGAGUGCUUAUCUGUUGAUAAGUAUUCUUUCCAAUUCAGCCAAGAAAACUGGCUGUGGUAUUCUUUUGUCGAUGGAGAAACCGAGGUCCGAUGUGUUUCCGUUUUUGGAUAGGGCACUUUUCCUUUGUUUGGGAGGAGUUGUUUAUUCCGGCGGAACCAGAGCGAUGCUGGAGUACUUCCAUGGGAUAGGGUUUCCUUGCCCACAGUUGGAGAACCCUUUGAUGUACUAUCUAUGUUUGUCUACUGUUGAUCGCAGAUCCCGUGACCGCUUCCUCGAAUCUAGCCAGCAAAUCGAAGCGCUGGUUGAACGAUUCGCCCGAGAAUCACCCAUGCCGGAAGCGCCGAUCAAUCCCAUUGGAAGUGGUAAGAUUCCGUUGGCAUAUGGAAAACCCGGUGAGCUGAAAGUCUGGGGCAUACUUUAUCUGCGCCUUCUGGCGGCAACGUUUUCCUGUGGUUACGCUGGAAUGAAGGCACUGUUUCUGAGACUGUUGGCGCUCCCGGCUGCCAUGGGUCUAAUUUGGCUAUUCUACAGUCAAGUAGGAGACGACUCGCACGGCUUUUUCAGUAAGAGCGGAAUGAUUUUGACCGUUCUAGGCCUAAGCUAUGGAGUCGGUAUUUGGACAACGAUUUGCCUAUUUCCGGCAUGGAGAAAACGUUUCUGCCAAGAAUACUCGGAAGGUCUUUACACUGGAGCCACGUUGCUAAUAGCGUACAAUGCCGUAUCAAUGCCAUUCUCGUUCAUUUCGGCCGCAAUGGCUUCAUGUGUCUUCUACCCACUCAUCUUGAACCCGGCCAACCCUGAUGGACUAACUUUCAUGUACAUCCUGGUCGCCCUGUGGACUAGCUUCGUGCUUGCCGAACAACUAAGCAUCGCUUUUUUGCUGGUCAUCAAAUCCCAGAUCAAUGCAGCAAUUGCUGUUUCAUACAUCCUGGUCAUUUGUCUGUCUCUAGCCAGCGGAACUGUACGCUCCUACAAGGGACUUUCGCCGUGGUUGCAAGAUAACGCUAAAGGCGUUCACACCAAGUACGCCAGUUCGCUGCUGCACACUACUAUUUUCCAUGCUCCCCGAAUGCACUGUAAUCCGGGAAAUGGUGUGAUUUGCCCCGUUCCAGCGGACUUCCUACUGGAGCGAAUCGGCAAAGCCCAUCCUCAGGAGACGACUGACAUUGCCGCUUGUAUCGCGUUUGCCCUUGGUCUCUGUGCAUUCAAUAUGAUUCUUUAUCUGCUUCCGAUGCCACGGUGUGUACGGAGAAAGUUCCGGGACUGAUGUGUAAUCGGAAAUCCAUAAAUUAAGUUCAAUCUUUCGAUAGGGUUAGAGUAUUUUUAAACGAUAAAUAAAAUAUUUAAUAAUAA